ACCAUAGUAGGACGUGUGUCUGAACAGAAUUUUCAAUUUUUAAGUGUAAAUUACCAUAUUUUUUUACACGACUGUUGUGGCUCAUCGUGUAUGUGUUUCAUUACAUCUUAAGCAUAAAAGUUGUUUUUUAAGCUGAAUAAAAACAUAAUGUUUUUUAAAACGAUAACAUUGUGUGCGUUGUUCGUAGCUCUUCCCCACGUUGUGGACAAUUAUCGUAUAGUUAGAUCUACACCACAAAACUCACGUCGGUCUUUCAAGCCGGUCACUGAAGAUUGGCAAAGAAACAUAUGCGCCAGGUCGAAUAAUAUGUUUCAGUUCAUUCAAGCAACCGUGCCACGAAGAGUAAGCAAGCCGUUGACUCGUCCAACUGUUACCAUUGACGUGGUCGGAGAUGGAAACUGUUUUUUUUCUGCACUGGCAAAGUGGCUAACUGGUUCGUUCCAAUGCAGUGGCUCGUUGCGAGAUAUUCUGGUCGAUUUUAUAAGAGGUUCACAAAUAGCUCGUACGUUGUUCGAUGGAAACCCGACCGUAACACUGGACCAACAUUUACACAAUAUGGCCAUUAACGGGACGUUUGCGACCGAGGUGGAAUUAUAUGCUGCGGCUGAGAUGUUAGGUACGUCGAUUUACGUUUACUCUAGAAACGAAUGGCAAUUGUUCAGUAAGGAUGGUGUACAGGGCAUAGCGACGGACGAGCCUAGUCUGUACCUGAAACACACAAAUGGCAAUCACUUUGACAUUGUAGUAGACGUUUAUUGAAACAAAAAUUAACUUUUUUGCCAUAUUCGCAUAAAAAAAACUGCACAAUUAUUAUCGCAACAUCAUAUUAUUAUGACGUUAUUUUUAACCUAUAAAUAAAUAAAUAUAC